AUGACCCGCUUGUUACGAUUACACUAUAGAGGGUUGGCCUCCACGCCUGCCUUGUCCAGAGGCCAAAACUUGACAGAAAAGAUCGUGCAAAAGUACUCGAUAGGUUUGCCCCACGGCAAAGAAGUGCAUAGUGGAGACUACGUCACCAUCAAACCAGCACACUGUAUGUCCCACGACAACUCGUGGCCCGUGGCCACCAAGUUCAUGGGGUUGGGUGCCACCAAGGUCAAAGAUCGCAAGCAGAUCGUGUGUACUUUGGACCACGACGUGCAAAACAAGUCCGACAAGAACUUGGAGAAGUACGCCAACAUCCAGAACUUCGCCAAAGAACAGGGCAUCGACUUCUAUCCCGCUGGAAGAGGUAUUGGUCACCAAAUCAUGAUUGAGGAGGGCUACGCUUUCCCGUUGAACUUGACAGUUGCGUCCGAUUCCCACUCCAACACCUACGGAGGGGUUGGGUCUUUGGGUACCCCCAUCGUCAGAACCGACGCUGCCUCCAUCUGGGCCACUGGACAGACCUGGUGGCAGAUUCCUCCUGUGGCCAAGGUCGAGUUGAUCAACGAACUUCCCAAGGGAGUGACUGGUAAGGACGUGAUUGUUGCGUUGUGUGGUAUUUUCAACAACGAUGAGGUGUUGAACCACGCUAUAGAAUUCACUGGUGAAGGUGUCAAGAACUUGUCAGUGGACUACAGAUUGACCAUUGCCAACAUGACCACCGAAUGGGGUGCUCUUUCCGGGUUAUUCCCCGUGGAUGAUGUGCUCGUGGAAUUCUACAACCAGAGAAUCGAAAAAUUGCCUCAGCCACAUCCAAGAGUCAACUCCAAGACUGUCCAGGCCAUCGUGGAUAACAAACUCGAGUCUGAUGCCGACGCCGUUUAUGCCAAACAUUUGGUGGUUGACUUGGCUUCAUUGUCUCCAUACGUCUCUGGUCCAAACUCCGUUAAGGUAUCCACCUCAUUGCACGAAUUAUCUAACCAGAACAUUGCUAUCAACAAGGCAUACUUGGUCUCCUGUACCAAUUCCAGAUUGAGUGACAUCAAGGCUGCUGCCGAUAUCAUCAAGGGCCACAAGGUCGCUGAAGGGGUUGAAUUCUACGUUGCUGCUGCCUCCUCCAACGUCCAAAAGGAUGCUGAGGCUAUUGGUGCAUGGCAAGACAUUAUCAACGCUGGUGCCAUUCCAUUGCCUGCCGGUUGUGGUCCAUGUAUCGGUUUAGGUGCUGGUUUGUUGAAGGAUGGAGAAGUUGGCAUUUCAGCCACCAACCGUAACUUCAAGGGAAGAAUGGGUUCCAAAGACGCUUUGGCCUACUUGGCCUCUCCUGAGGUGGUUGCAGCCUCUGCGGUCUUGGGUAAGAUUGGUGGACCUGAAGAAUUACAAGGAAAGCCAGUUCCAGCCAACCCUGAGAUUGUCAAGUCGUUGACAAUCCCUAGCGAAGAAGCCGAAAUCGUUGAAGAAGAAGGCGAGGCUAGUGGGGUUGAAGUUUUGGCUGGAUUCCCCAAAUCCAUUGAAGGUGAGUUGAUCCUCUGUAACGCUGACAACAUUAACACCGAUGGUAUUUAUCCAGGAAAAUACACCUAUCAAGAUGAUGUCAGCAAGGAAAGAAUGGCCGAGGUCUGUAUGGAAAACUACGAUAGUGAAUUUCACUCCAAAACCAAGGCGGGCGACAUCAUUAUUUCUGGAUUCAACUUUGGUACCGGAUCUUCCAGGGAGCAGGCUGCUACCUGUAUCUUGGCCCGCGGCAUGAAGUUGGUGGUCGCAGGAUCUUUUGGUAAUAUCUUUUCCAGAAACUCUAUUAACAACGCCUUGUUAACCUUGGAGAUUCCCGAUUUGAUUAACAAAUUGAGAGAAAAGUACCACGGUUCCAGCGAGUUGACGAUCCGUACCGGUUGGUUCUUGAAAUGGGACGUCACCAAGGCGCAGGUGUACGUUGCUGACUCUGAAGGCAACUUAAUUUUGAACCAAAAGGUUGGUGAAUUGGGUGCCAACUUACAGGACAUUAUCGUCAAGGGAGGAUUAGAAGGAUGGGUCAAAUCUGAACUUGGAAAACAAUAA